AAAGGGGCUGUUUGUCCCGGGGAAUUACUCUUUUGGAUUUGUUCGGGUACUUCGGACCAACAUUUUAUUUGUCACUUCAUGGUCGCCUUUUGAUUAUUUAUUUCUUUUACGCACGCCUGCCAACUGCCAGUCGAAAAGUUGGCCAGCCGUCUCUCAAGCAAAUAUGCAACUGAGGAGAAUGCACAGAUGCACCUGAGGAGGCGAAACCAGCGGAGAGCUCCAACAAAUGGAUCCGAGAUUUAUUUUUUUUAUCGUUAGGUAGAGCGAGAUGACACAUUCGGAUUUGGAUUCACAUUUCGUUCAGGGACUCAGGCUCCUGCAUUCUUCUAAUAAGGAUUCUGUGGACCAGCUGAGGAGUCUUCUGGACGAGGCUAUCAAGCAGAAACAUGGACUGUCGAAGAUGCUAUGCAAUGUUUUGCAUAAAAAGUAUACGAUGGAGGAGCCCGUCCUCAGUGACCACAGCAGCACCAGUAGCAAGAGGAGCAAGAGCUCGAGCUCAUCGUCCAAGCACUCCCAUAAAUCCAGUAAAAGUGACUCCCCCGAGGAGCUGAUCGCCCGAACGCCUCCUGAUCUGUUAAUCAGUGAUGAUCCAUUGGGUGAAAUCCUAGAGGACGACUUGACCUGCGUCGUUUGCAAGGUAAUGGACGUGGGGGCGAGGAACAGACUCGUCGAGUGUGCUGAUUGUUACGCACUCUAUCACCAGGAGUGUCACACACCCCACAUUCCGGACACGCAGAUUGAUGCACCGAAGACACUCUGGUACUGCUCGAAUUGCAUCAAGGCACAUCAGCCUGCGAAGGAUAAGCCACCGCCAAAGCCACUGAUAGAGAGCAAAAAAAAUGUGAAAAAGUCAACUUCUAGGACUGUCUCUGGGGACGACUUGCCCUGCGUCAUUUGCAAGGUAACGAAAGCGGGAGCGAGGAACAGACUCGUCGAGUGUGGUGAUUGUUACGCCCUCUAUCACCAGGAGUGUCACACACCCCAGAUUCCGGACGCGCAGGUUGAUGCACCGAAGACACUCUGGUAUUGCUCGAACUGCAUCAAGACACAUCAGCCUGCAAAGGAUGAGCCACCUCCAAAGUCACUGAUAGACAGCAAAAAAGAUGUGAAAAAGUCAACUUCUAGUUCCAAGCAUUCAGAGAAAUACAAAAGCUCCUUCAGCCACUCAGUGAUAACAGACUCAGCAGCAUCCAAAAUGACCCCUAGUAUCAACAUAAUCACCGGUGAUAGACGAAUAAAAGAUGUAACUAAAAAAGGUAAAGGAGACAAACGCAGCAGUAGCACGAGCUCCAGCAAGUACACAUCGAGUUCAUCCUCCUCCAAGAAUUUCGACAAAUCGAGUAGAAAAAAUGACUAAUGGAGCAAUUAAAUGGAUAAUAAUCAGGGAUUAAAAGUGAAAAACUAACUGUAACAAUAAUUCAUUGCCAAACGUUGAAACUUAAGCCAUAAAACUUUUUCCAAAAUAAUAAAAUAAUUUUCCCCCCGA